AUGUUGGACAACAACAGUGGAGCAGUAAACAAACCCAACCAGUUUGAAGGAGACAAAGGAAAGAGCAAGGAAUUCCUGGAUGAAUUAUACCUGUACUUUGCUGGAAACACCAAGAAGAUCCAGACUGACAAAGAUAAGGUUCAAUGCACUCUUUCAUAUAUCAAAGGACCUGCCCAAUUCUUUGUCCACACCAUCAUCACUGAUGCAGAAGAACCCAUAUCUGAUUCCAAAGACACCCCCCUCAAAGGAUUGCCUAGUUGGGCUAACUUCAGAAAGUCCUUCAUCCAGACCUUCAGAGUAGAAGAUGACACUCAGGUAGCAUUAAAUGAGAUCAGCAAGCGCACCUGGGCCAGCAGACUAAACAAAUUAGGGCAAAUCCGAGAACUCCAAUGUCUUAUUCCCCCUGCCCUUCUGAUCAAGAUUGCCACUCAACCACCACUACCAGUCACCGUGGAGAAGGAUAAAACCAAGGAUUCUUCCAAUGAGGAAGGGAUAGCCGAAGAGUACAUUCAGGCUAUAUCUUCUGAGAAGGAUUUUUAA